CUUUCGGUAGACAUAUAGCCUAUAACAAUCAUGCCUUCACUAUGUAUUGUGUUAACUUUAUUUGUGCUACAGGUAUCUUCAGCUAGGAUACGAUCUCUGGUUACAAAAGUCGGCAGAAUUGAUGGACAGAUUCAAAAUGUGUCGCUUCCUAAUCCAGACCAGACGCAGUCUGAAAUUGCGAGUUUCUUAGGCAUUCCGUAUGCUGAAUCACCAACAGGCAAUCGUCGUUUUUUAAAGCCAGUUCGAAAAGCUAAAUUUACAGAAACUUUUAAUGCAUCGUUGUAUGGGCCUUCAUGUCCUCAGAGUUCACCUGCAUUUCAAUAUGAUCGAAUUGAUGAAGAUUGCUUGAACUUAAACAUACAUACACCAGAUGUUAUGGAUGAUGGUCGAAAAUUUACUGUAAUGAUAUGGAUUCACGGAGGUGGAUUCAUUUUAGGAAAUGGGCGCGUAUUUGGUGGUAAAGAAUUGGCAGUUUAUGGUCAAGUUGUGGUUGUUACUAUUAAUUAUCGCCUUGGAGUAUUUGGUUUCUUGAAUACCGAAGGUGCUGAUGUUGAUGCUAAUGCUGGGCUAUAUGAUCAACAUUUAGCCAUUCAGUGGGUACAUGAUAACAUUGCUGAUUUCGGAGGUGAUCCAACAAGGGUAACAAUAUUUGGUGAAUCUGCUGGUGCUGUUUCCGUUAUUCAUCAGGCCUUAUAUCCCGAGAAUAAAGGUUUAUUUCAGAGAGUAAUUGCCCAAAGUGGAACUGCCAACCUCCCAUCAGCUAUUACACUUCAUCCUUUGGAUAGAGCAAUAACAUUCGCAAAGGAAAUCAAGUGUUUUGCUACGUCUAAUAAAGAAAUGGUAAAGUGUUUAAGAGCUCGUAGCAUGACUGAAUUACUGAAUGG